AUGAGUGGGAAAAUAGGACAGGUGGGUGGAAAUAGCAGCACUCUAAAAAAAUUGCCUUCAUCCGUUGGAAAUCUCACUGCCCUGGAACUUUUACGGUUAGAUGGAAGUGCUAUAGAAGAGCUGCCUUCAUCAAUUGGAAAUCUCACUGUGCUUAAAAAAUUAUAUUUACGAGGAUGUGAAAACCUUGCAAAUAUGCCACAAAGUAUUUAUGGGUUGCAAAAUCUGGGUCUUAUUGAUCUCAGUCGAUGCCCAAAACUUGUCACACUUCCAAAUAACUUGAUCUCUGAAGGUUUAUCGAGUGCAGAAUCACUUCCUUUGGAGGUUCGAACUAACGCAAACAAUCCAUGCGAUGGCGACUUCAUGAGGCAUGGGGAGGUGUAUUUUCAAGAGUGCAAUAAAGAUUUUCAACAUUGUCAAAGAUAUUGGAAGACGAAGACAUGCAACAUGGACUUGUCUAAUUGCCAUAGGCUAUGCGAUAACCUAGGGUUGGAUCUUUCAAAGAUGGCAAAAUUUUUACUGAAUCAGAUGAAGAGGAGUGAGAGGGUUAUCGUUACACUACUUGACAGUGGCAGUGAAGUUCCAGAAUGGUUCACUUUUGGUGAUGACUUUGAUGACUAUGACGAGAGUAAAUUUGAUUACGUUGAUGUUGAUGGCAGGAGUUUUCGUAAUUACAAACUUCAUAUUGAAAUUCCUUGGACUUCCGUAUUGGAGAACACAAAAUUGGUUUUGUUUGCUGUUUGGGAAAUUACGGAAUCAUUUGUUAGCCCUUGUUCUCUUUUAUUUAAAUUGGAUGAUUAUCUAGAUCAGAAGUAUCUGUUUGGAAGAGAGACAAGGGAAGGUAAUGUGUGGCUGGAAUGUAUUCCAAUUUCUUGUGAACAAUUAAAGACACCUAUUUUUCAAGUUACUGUUAUCGGCAAAGGGUUGCACAUCAAAAGCAUUGGGGCCCACCUGGCUCCUAUCAGUAUGUCAAAGGAUGGUGAUGAUGAUGGCAAACAUAUUGACGAAAAUGAAUUAGAUGAUGAUGAUGAUGUAGGUGAUGAAGUUGGACCCAGAAAGAGAACAAAUAUAUGA